GUCUUGGUUACGGAAGUUGUUGCUAGCUGUCGACCUCAAAGAUGGCGGAGGAAGAGAACCCGCUUGCAGAAUUUGAGCAAAUUGACUUUUUAAAAGAUCGUCAUGUACGAUUCUUUCAAAGGUCGUUGCAGGUGUUGCCAGAGAGAUAUUCGUCGCUUGAAACAAGCAGGUUGACCAUAGUGUUCUUCUCCUUGUCUGGCCUGGACGUUUUGGAUGCCCUGGACGUGAUAGACAAGCCCAGCAUGAUAGAGUGGAUCUAUUCCUUACAAGUCCUGCCCAACGACGAUCAAUCAAAUCUAGGACGAUGUGGUUUCCGAGGGUCGUCACACAUCGGGGUUCCAUACAGCACCAAGGGCCCUGGGGUGGCCCACCCCUACGACAGCGGGCACGUGGCGAUGACCUACACGGGGCUGGCCUGCCUGCUCAUCCUGGGGGACGACCUGAGCCGCGUCAACAAGGAGGCCUGCCUGGCUGGGCUCAGGGCCCUGCAGCUGGAGGACGGAAGCUUCUACGCCGUCCCGGAGGGAAGUGAGAACGACAUGCGCUUCGUCUACUGCGCCACCUGCAUCUGCUACAUGCUCAACGACUGGUCGGGCAUGGACACACACAAGGCCACGGACUACGUGAGGAAGAGCAUGUCGUAUGACAACGGGAUUGGUCAGGGGGCGGGGCUGGAGUCCCAUGGCGGGUCCACGUUCUGUGCGGUGGCGGCGCUGAGGCUCAUGGGCCGUCUGGAGGAGGCUCUGAGCCAGCGGGAGCUGGACAGGAUCCGCCGCUGGUGCAUCCUGAGGCAGAGGAACGGCUUCCAGGGCCGACCCAACAAGCCCGUCGACACCUGCUACUCUUUCUGGGUGGGCGCCACGCUGGAGUUGUUGGAUGUGUUUCAGUACACUAACUUUGAGAAGAACCGCAACUACAUCCUGUCAACUCAAGACCGGCUGGUGGGAGGCUUCGCCAAGUGGCCUGACAGCCACCCAGAUCCGCUCCACGCCUACUUUGGGAUCUGCGGUCUGUCUCUGAUGGGUGAGGCUGACCUGCGCAGGGUCCACCCUGCUCUCAAUGUCACCCAGAGGGCCUUCCAGUACCUGCAGCAGCUGCACCAGACCUGGGCCAGCACCUGCACCUGACAGCUGGACACACAGACCGCCCCCCCUCUCCCUCCUCCCUCUCACCCCUCACCCCCCUCCCACGUCCUCCAGCCCUCA